CCGCCAAACCCGAACGUCAAACAUCAAAAAAAUGUUAUGGAAUUUCGAGAAUUUGUUUUUCUUAUUUACGUUUAAUUUAUCGAUUUUGCGGUUCAAUUCCAUUCAAUUUUAUAAUAUGUCUUAACUAGUUCCAGUACCCAGUUUAGAAUAUUUAACUGGCAAUUCCAUAUUACACCAGAAAACCCCUAGUAAAGUGGUCUAGCACAAUGGAAAUCGAGACAGACGGCGAGGAUUCACAAGAAACGGCUGAACAAAAAGACACCGAAACCGAAGAAAAUCCUAGUCAGGGCCCCAGUCAAUCCUAUCUAGCAGAAGAAGAUGGGGCCACAUGUUCUGUAUGCCUCGAAUCCUGGACCAACUGUGGUGCCCAUAGAAUAUGCUCUUUAAAAUGCGGACAUCUAUUCGGGCACAAGUGUAUUUUACGUUGGCUCGAUUCACAACCGAAAAAGAGCUGUCCCACUUGUAAGCAAUCAGUGAAAAGGUCCGAUUUGAGGUUUAUUUAUGCCAAGAAACUUGUGGCGGUGGACAAUUUAGAGUUGGAGUCCCUCAAACAACAGCUGGAGAACACUUUGGCACAGAAAAAUGCUGCCCUACAAACUAUAUCGAAAUAUAUUAGUAGAGAGCAGGUUUUGACCGCAGAGAUACAACAGUUAAAGAAAAAACUGAACGCAUUAUCUGGAAAAAAAGCAGAUUUAAGAUUAACCUCUCAAACUCCAGUGAGUAGAAUAAGGCUGUACAUGGAAAAAAACGUGGAAAUCUGCCAGAAAAGUGGCUGUAGAGAGUGCAGGGUCUUUGACAUUUCCGUUCCCCAAGACUUGAUAUUGGUGUCGUCCAGGUCGCCCACUGACCUUUUCGGUGGUUUUGGUGUAAAAAUCAUUGGACUCUCCAAUUAUAGACCAAUAAAGUUUAUCCCAUUACACAGAGACAUUAUAAGGGACAUGUGCAUCCAUCCUAGUGAGAAUAAAGUCUUAACAGUAGCGACAGAUAAAAAACUCAGAAUAACAGAUGUGCAAAGUACAAACGCAGUUGCUACGGUAAGUUUAGAGUCGGCCCCUUGGGCGUGUUCCUGGAGCCCCAAAUCUCCACAGGACGUUGUUAUCGGUACUCAGAACGGUACUGUUUUAGUGUUCGACAGCAGGAAUACCGCCGAGCCAAAAACUAGCGUUUCUAUACCAGGAGAUUUCAGUCCCGUAGUUAGCCUGGCCGGAGUUAAAGAUGAUGAUUCUGGAACGGAAACAUUGCUGGUAUCAAAGUUGAGUUCUGUGUGGGCGUUUGAGUUUCAUCCAGAUGGAAGCUAUAGUCGCCAUUUACUGCCACUGGAAGGUCCGUUUUUAUCAUUGAAAUACGACCAGGGGACCAAACAUCUCCUGGUCAGUUCAAGACCGAACAGCCAAUUGCCGUUUGCCAGACAUACGAUUUGUUAUUUGGAAAGGACCAACGAUCCGUAUGCGAUUUCUUGUAAUACCGUGCACACGUUUAAAGGGGGCAGCACGGCGAAAUGGCUCGCGAACACCUCGUGUUUCGUUCCGGGGAAUAUUGUGGCUGGACACCACGAGAAUAGGAAGAGCAUUUUAUUGUAUAGCGUUAAUACUGGGGAAGAAGUGGGAUCGUGUCCAACGCACGACAACAUCGUCUUGGACAUAAAAGGUUUCGAGACUAAUAACGGAAAAUUCUUAACGUAUCUAAACCAGAAGAAACUAGAGUUUUUCAAAUUUAACCACACGUAAAAGCGGUUUAAAUGUGUGCAGAUGAUUGAAGUUUUAUUCGUCAAGGCUGUUAUACUUGUAUAAUGUGAGGACUUAAUGUAUUUUAAUUUUUUUUUUAGUUGUUUGCAGGUGCUUUUUAGUCAUUAUUAUACGUCUUUUAUAUUGA